AUGCGCCAGCUUUCUGCUGCUCACGGGCAAACCUUUCGCCUAGAUGCCUUUCAGGAACCUCCAUUUAGACAGGCAUCGAUUGGCUUGGAACUCGAUUGUGCGUCCCUUACGGAAAUGAUCAGAAGAAGGGGCCGGACUCGAACUGUGUUCAAGUGCUUUGGAGAACAUGGAUCAGCAAAUGCCAAACAGUUUCUUGGCUACCAAUUGCACUUUUUCCCCCCCCUUUCUUGGCAGAUAGCUUGUCACAGGAUGAACAUUGCAAGUCGCCGAGUCCCGGGAAGUGUGGGUGCUCCUGGAAAUGACGAAUUGUUUGACGAGCGAAAGAGAGAGAGAGGGGGGAAAAGUGGUGUAAUGGACACAGUUGGCAAGGACGAGAUUUAUUGCCCAUCCCUAAUUGCCCUUGAGGAGGCGGUGUUGAGUCGCUUUCUUGAACUGCUGCAGAUUGGAUUAAUCCUGUACCUGCCAGGUGUUUUGCACAUUUCUCUGGGCUAUACAGACUGGCCAACCAGAUGCAGCAACUCCCCUUACCCCAGGUUGCAGCAUCUGGUCACCCUGGUGGAGUCAGCAAUAGCAACAGAGGUGGCAGAAAUGGAGGCAGAGGCGGCAGCUGAGGCAGUGGUGGAGGCGGAGACAGCAGCAGAGGAGGAGGUUGCAGAAACAAACAACGGCAAAGGUGGUGGCUGA